AUGGCGGUAAGACCCCUCAUCCUGGCUCUCUUUCUUUGCCUCCUUUUAUCUAUUUUCACCACCAGUCACGGCUACAAAACUCAUCGUCGUGGACGGCCCUGCAAAGAGCUCUCAUUUUACUUCCACGAUAUCCUAUACAAGGGCCAUAAUAAGGACAAUGCAACUUCAGCCAUAGUAGGGGCGCCCGACUGGGGUAACAGAACAGAAUUUGCAAGACCUUUCGACUUUGGAGACCUGGUGGUUUUCGACGACCCCAUCACUUUAGACAACAAUCUGCAUUCGACUCCAGUGGGAAGAGCACAGGGCAUGUACGUAUACGAUCAGCUAAAUGCAUUUUCUGCUUGGCUUUCCUUCUCCUUCGUCUUCAAUUCCACACAACACAAGGGUUCGCUUAACUUUGCUGGUCCUGAUCCUAUUCUAAACCAGACUAGGAUUGUUUCGAUAACAAGCGGAACUGGUGACUUCUUCAUGGCUAGAGGCAUUGCCAUUUUGACGACUGAUGCAUACGAGGGAAAUUAUUACUUCCGGCUACGAGUGGAUAUUAAGUUGCAUGAAUGCUGGGAGUGA